AGAGUUUACACUUCCGGAUAAGAUAACUCUGAGAAACGGAACGCAACUAAAAAAACAACACACAAGACCCAGUUGUUUUGUCGGUGACUCACUUUCUUGUCGUUUCCAGCAUCAGGUCUUCCAAUCGUUUCCACAACUAAAGACCAUCCUAUUUUCUACCUCAAAGUGGCAUUGUUUGUGCUUUCACCCCUCUGGACAAAAUGAUCCCGCGGACAAGCAUUGAUGAGGCAAACCGUCAUCUUCAACAACUGCACAAACGCCUACACGAGUUGGAAGUCACAGUCCAUACCCAACAUGAAGCUCUUGCAGCAAAAGACAAAUUUCUUCAGAAACGUGUUACCGAAAUUUCUACUGCAAAAGAUAAGGAAAUUGAAGGAUUAUCAAAAAAAUUAUUAGCCUCUGAGCGGACUGUUUCUGUACUUCAGGAAGAGUUGGAGAGAAAAAAUCAACAAAUAUUUGCUCUUCAGCAUAGUCAUUCAAAAAUACGACGUCUGCUAAAUUUCAAGGAUGAUUUGAGUGAUUUGCUAAGAACUAUGGAAGAUGCGGAGGACAACUUGAUUCUGGACGAAGGAGACACCGAUGGUCUCCUGUCUUGCUACCAGAGAACGAAAGACGCAGCGGCCUCAGGCAUGUACACUGGAUCUGUAUCGGGAAAAAAAUCACGAAAGAAAAGGUCUGCACGCACAGAAAACCUCAUGACAGCUACGACAUUAGAGAAUGGGACCCACAGUGACAUAGAAGUUGCCACAAAUCUCGGUGGGAAAGAGUUUUAUUUGUGAAAAUAACGGAUUUUUUUUUAAAUUCAAUUUUUGUUGCAGGUAUAUAUAUAUAUAUAUAUAAAGUUUUACUCUAUUGUUUGAUCUGUAUGCACUGCCAGAUUUUACGAUUGCGUUUAGAUCUAGCUUUCUUCAAAUCUUUAUUUCUUUUUUGCCACGUUUUUAAGAUUGUCAUUUUUAUGAUCCCGUCUUAUAUACUGAACUCUUGAAGUGACCAAGGCAGUAUUACGGACUGUUGUGAAUGCAACUGUCAUCUGUUCUCUGGCAAGUCUGCGAAUUGACAUUGUGAAAAAAA